UCCUCUUUUGUGGUUCCUUCCACAGCAGGAAAUGCUCUGAUGCAUUGAAGAAGAAAAGCAGCAGAUGAAAGCAACACCUUUGGCUGGAGGGCUUUAAUAAUAUAUUAUAAUAUAGUAUAUAUAAUUGUUAUAUAUUAUAAUCAUUUCUAUAGCUAGACGUUGCUGCUUUUACCACCAGCUGUUGCUGCAAUCAUAUUCAUCAUGCCAUUGAUUUCCUUCUUUUUCCUGGGUUUGGUUGUGGUGUCUGUCAUGGCACAGGUGCCAACACUGGGUGAAAAGUCUAUUACUGCUGGACCAGAACCACCCUCCACCACCCUAAUGACCAGCAGCACCCCCAGUACCACCAGUACCACCAGUACCACCAGUAACACCGGUACAAGCAGUCCCAUCAGCGUCACCAACACCAUGAGUACCCUAAGUUCCACCAGCAGCAUGAACACCCCCAACACCGACAGGACGCCUUUGACCACAAAGGGCAAAAGUUCGAUCACACCAAAACCCAACGAUCCUGGAACAACCACAGAAGCUACCACCAACCCCAAGAGCACCACAGCGAAGCCAACAUCUGGAGGAGCAGGUGACAGCAUUGGCUUCAUCAUCCUUAUCAUCAUCAUCAUUGUAGCUCUGGCAUUUGGAGUUGCUUGUUAUGUGGCCCAGAAGAGAGGAAGACGCUACUCUGUUGAUUUCACUUCCAGGCCAGAUGAAGCCAACAUCCCUCUCAGCACUAUGGACCCUGAGCUGCCUCUUGAAUCUGUCCCUCAAAACGGCCUACAAACUUUUGAAAGUAUAGAAACGACAGAAAAAGAGCCUCAAGAAGCCGAAGCAAAACCUGAAGAACCAGAGGAGCAGAAAGCUGAGGCUGAUAAAUCUGUUGUUGAUCCCAGCGCUGAGUCUGUAGCUCCAGCUCCAUCUGCAGACAGCGCCGAGGACAAACCCAAAGCAGAUGUUGUUGAGCAGAGUCCUGCUGCACCUGCGGAGCCCAGCGUGGAAGAGAAAACUGACGACGAAGGCGCCGUCUCCGGCAAGACCUCAGUGGAGUCGCUGAAGGAGACGAAUGAAAACAACAGCAACAAUGUUGACCUCAGUCAGAAGACAGAUAUGAAGUUAAGCAACACCUUCUGGGAAGUUCCUCUCAACUGUCCGGUGUGAGAUGUAAUUGCCACCUUGUAGCUGUGCUGUUCCUCAGAAACUGGACCCAACGAAAAACUCAAGUGACCCCAUUGAAAGAGGACACUUCUGCUCACACUGUGUCGAGAAUCUAGUUCACAGCCACCUCCAUGAUGGAAGCACAUUUUUUGGGACAAAGCAGCAUUUUCAAAGUUAAAUGUCAGCUGAGCUCAGCUUUUUACUCAUUUUAUUAAUAGAUAAUUUGUGUGUGUUGAAAGGUUUAUUAAAAGUGGUUGCUGGAUUUAUAGAUUAAAUGUUAAUGUUGCUGCAAUUUUACAAUAUGGGACACAGAAAAAAGUUUUUCAGCAUUAUUAUUCAUAACCUAUUUGAAAAUUAUUUUUUAAAAAUGUACAUAAAAUCACAAAUUCCUGUAAAUACAAGCACUGGUAGUCUACUGUAUGCUAACUCAUCAAAAGAUAUCCUGAAAUAUGGACUUGAAAACUGCGCUUUUCCAAUACAGACCAGUAUUUUUGGCAUGCAUAUGUAAAAUACAGAAUUACAAUAAUUGCUAUAUUAUAUAUAAACAUUAGGGCUUUUGGAUGUAAAUUAUUAUUCUUGUAUCUAUGUAGGAUGCACAUUUUUUUGUAGAUGCUGCAUUUUGCUGUUUCAUCUCCUUCCCAUUUGGUACUGCUUUAGUUUCCAGUUAUGCUAACUGCUAUAAUGUGAGUGUCAUUUGAAUGUAUUAAAUAAAAAUAAUAUAACUUUG